CUUCUCCGGCGGCAGCCUCCAAACCACCCUCGCGCUCUACCACUCCGGUCGUGUAGCUCCCCAGCAGGCAACCACCAUCGCGCACCCACCGGCCACCGCGUCUACAUUUGCCAAUCUCUGCUUGAAGCGUUCUGCCCACUCUUUCAACCGAGAAGUUCACUAUUAUCCUGCGCAUGUUCCCUUUCCCCCUUUCGUCGUGGCACGCACGUUAGGAGUUCGACCGAUUGCCGGAACGUCUUCCGCCGUCUUCUGCGCCAUCGAAAGAGCGAUGAGGUUUGUGGUGACGAAAGUUUGCAGCGGCGGAGGGAAGGCGCGGGCGGGUGCGCUCCAUAUAGCCGGCGCCGGCAUUGGCAUUGAGACGCCGGCGCUGCUGCUGUCCACUCGUAAGGGGCUGCCGGCAUUCUUGUCCUGUGACCUCCUUGCCUCCUUGCCACUCCCGGACUCCCUCCUUCUCCAUGUCUGUCCUACCCAUUUUAUAGAAGGCCCUCCAGUGAAGACAAUAUCAGCUAUUAGGGGUUUGCACGGUAUGCUGGGUUUACCUGAUCACAUUCUUGUAGCGGCGGCAAGCGAUUCUAUUGAGAGUCUGCCAUCAUGUGAAGCCACCAACAAAUUUGGUGCCUCCUUUGAAACUCCUUCGGGUCGUAGACUGGUAAAACCAUCAGACUAUAUGGAGUUGAUUUCCUGUAUGAAGCCUAAUAUAUGGGCCAGUUUGGCGGAUGAGGUACCAGCUUGGGUGACUGAGAAACGAAACAAAGUCUCUGUUGACAGGACAUUGCGGUGGCUUGAUGCAUGUAUUGCUUUGGAUGUGGCUUCUGGGACUAAUAGUUUUGGUGUAAUUGUGGGAGGAUCUAGCUUAGAACAGCGAAAGCUAUGUGCCACUGAAGUGUCGAAGCGGAAUGUUUCAGGCUUUUGGAUUGCAGGAUUUGGCUUUGGAGAGAGUAUUGAAGAACGUUGCACUUUGCUCAAUGCCACAACAGAUUGCUUGCCACGGGAAAAACCUCGGCUCGUAUCUAGGCUUGGUCUUCCAGAGGAGGUCUUGGAGGGUGUGGCUGCUGGUAUCGACCUUUUUGACUCCACAUACAUUUACCAACUUACUAUGGGUGGUUUCGCACUGAUCUUCCCUGUUGACAUGGUUGAAAGAGAAAUGCAGAAUGGUGUACUCAACACUACUGAUGGCGAUUCAACAAAGAUUAACCUGCGUGCUACAACAUAUCGGAAGGAUACGUCACGGCUAGUUGAUAGCUGUAAUUGCUUCACAUGCCAAAAUCACACCCGUGCGUACCUCAAUCAUUUGCUCAAUGUCCAUGAGAUGUUGGCUCAAAUUCUUCUGGAGAUACACAAUACCCAUCAUUAUCUUCGUUUCUUCCAUUCCAUACGGGAGGCGAUCAAGGUUGGAGAGUUUGAUCUUUUCCGACAGGAGUUCGUUAAGAAGAGACGCACCCAUUUCGCUGCUGUUGUGGUCUAGACGUGACCAAGAGUUCAUCUGGCUGUCCUCACAAGAUUAACUUAUCAAUUAAUCAGACUUGUGUACACCUGAAUCCUUACUAGUCAACUUUCACGUCUAUGAUUGACAAGUCUGAAAAGAUUCAUACAUUAAGUGAUAGAAGUUGUGUGCUA